AUGGCUAAUCCUCAUUCCUCCUCGCAGACUUCUACCAACUACAAGGAAGCCUUCUCCCUGUACGACAAACGCGGCAACGGCCGCGUCGCUCUCGAGUCCCUUGGCGACCUCCUCCGUGCCUGUGGACAAAAUCCAACACUCUCAGAAAUCAGGGACCUAGAAAAGCAAGUGGGAGGUGACUUCGACUUUGAUGCCUUCAGCAAAGUUCUCAACAGACCCGGCGGUUUCAGAGACCCUGGCGAACCAGAAGAAUACUGCCGUGGCUUCCAAGUAUUCGACAAAGAUAUGACCGGGUUUAUCGGAGUGGGCCAACUGAGAUACAUCUUGACCAACCUGGGUGAGAAGAUGAGCGAUGAAGAGGUUGAUGAGUUAUUGAAGGCUGUCGACACCAGCAGUGGAGAGAUCAACUACAUGGAACUUGUCCGGACGAUUCUUGCAAACUAA